AUAAAUAUCUAUAAUAAACAAUUUUCAGAAAAAUGCUUCCGCUUCUGUUUCUCUUCCAACUGUUUGUAUUCGCUUUCUCAGUCGAAGAGAAAAUAGAGCCACAAAAGAGUUUCGUUGCUGGAGGAAUAACACCACAAAAAGCUGACGCACCCGAGCACUUGGAAAAAGCCUGGAAAGCUAUCAAGAAACUCAACGAAGAAGCUAAUGAAGGGGAAAAUCUCAUGGUCAAGAAAGCUGAAAGUCAAGUUGUUGCUGGUAUCAGGUACAUCUAUGAAGUGCUCUAUGGUGAAUCCACGUGCAAAAAAUCGGAUGCUUCAAACGAUGUCUCCGCAACGAAAGCCAACUGCAAACCAAAGGAAGGCGGGAAGAAAGCUCUUUACAAGGUAGAUCUCUGGGAGAAGCCUUGGCAAAACUUCGAGCAGUUUACCAUAACGAAGAUCCAGGACGUUGCAUGAACUACAUCGAACAGAGCAAUAAAGUGUUACCAUCGCCAUAUAUAAAAUACUCAUCAUUCUAAGAUAAUAAAAU